AUGUCGUUCGGCAAACUGCAGACCCCCUACGAUUCUUUCCUCGAGUUCAGGUUUGUGGAGGUUCUAGAGUACGAGUGUUCCAGUGACGUGAGCAGGAUGUCUGCGGAUGAGGGGGCUCAUGCCCACGUCAGGUCCGGGGAUGCUCCCAUGUACGUGUAUGAGUCGACGGUGCACUGUGCCAACGUGCUGCUGAGUCUGGAGGACCAGCGGCGGCAGGACAUCCUGUGUGAUGUGACGGUGGUGGUGGAGGGGACGGAGAUCAGGGCCCACAGGGCCGUCCUGGCAGCCAGCAGCAGAUACUUCCUACAGGUGCUGCUGGGACACACACACCCCGAGCAGGAGCCAAUCAUCAGCCUGUCUGACAAGGUCACAGCCAGGGGGUUUGCCCCGCUGCUACAGUUUGCCUACACAGCCAAGCUGGUUCUGAGCAAAGAGAACAUCCAUGAGGUGAUCCGCUGUGCUGACUUCCUAGGCGUUCACAACCUAGAGGACUCCUGCUUCCGCUUUCUGCAGGCCCAGCUGCACAGCGACACCACUGAUCACAACAAUGGCCUUCUCUGCCGCAAGGAGUUACCACCGUCGGCGCACACCGAUGACUUCAUCACAGAGAUGGACGGUAGUGGUGGUUCCGCAUCGUCGGAGAAGCUCAGGGUGACGUCAUCCUCAGCAACGAGGCGGCGGCCCAAUCACUCAACCCUCACGUCCCUCACCAGCAGCCUGACCUCUGACCUCCCACGAUGCCCCAAAUACAGGAAGUACCAGCAGGCAUGCGCCAAGCACAGCGAAGAGAAUGACGACGAUGACAGCGUCACCUCAGCCGCCUCGUCACACUGCCAUACCUCAACCCCCCCAGGCCCUCUCUCAGAGACCAGCAGCACCCGUCAAGGAGGACAACCUCACCCUCUCUCCCCCUCCAGAAUCAAAGAGGAACCCCGUUCCUGGGGCGAGGGGAGUCCCCCAGGACUGUCAGAGGAUAGCCAGGAUGUCCUGGAGAUGGAGAUGGAGAUGGGUCCGGAGCCCUCAGAGCGUCCCCCCAGCAGAGGCUCACCAUCCUGCCUGAGCUCCUACCUCCAGAGGGGCCUCAGUAACCCAGACAGCACUCUACCUACCACUCCUCUCACCCAGCAGCUACUGAACAACGAACUCUCAUUAGCCCAUAACAGGGAUAGGGACAGGAACAGGGGGGCAUUUCAAGGUGAGGGUGGAAGGGACCUCAGGGCGGUGUCUGCAGGGACAGUGCAUUCGUCUGUGGAUGGCGUGACCAUGCAACCUAUGCCCUCAGACGGACUCAGCAAACAGGAAGUAGAGUUGGAUCGCCGUAGCAGCGUCAUCUUCUCCUCCGGAGUGUGCGACCGCCUGGGAACACCGUCUCAAUCCUACUGCGACCGGAAGUCUCUGGAAAAAGAUCUUUUGGAGAUCACAUCAAAAUCCCUGUGGACAGGUGUUAGUCAGUCCUUCCCCUGCCGCCAGCCUUACUCUCCCCUAUCCUCCUCCACCUCCUCUACCACCCUCACCACGGCCCUCCAGGACCCCCUGCCGACCGUGGCCUGCCGAGCGCAACCCACCACCAGCUGUCCUCUGCCCAUAAAGAUUUACCCCCGCUCCCCUCCAUGCGAGCCCCGCACACGCACCUCCAGCUCCUGCUCAUCUUUCUCCUACCUGGAGGACGUGGGCAGCGGGGACUCGCCCUCCAACAUGCCCCAGUUUGAGUUCUCCUCCUCCCCAUGCUCUGUGUCGGGCUCUGGCCUGGCUCGCUGUCUGGUGGGGGAGCAGAGGGAGCACGGUGGGAUGGUGGUGGGGGAAGCCAUCUUCUCUCAGGGCCGUGCCAAGAUCAAGUGUGAACGUUCAUACGGGGCCAACUCCAGUGAUGAAUCUGGGUCCUUCUCGGAGGGAGACAGUGAGUCCGGCCCUGCCAGAGAGCCAGGCCCUGAGGUCAAACUUCCAUUCCCGGUGGAUCAGAUCACCAACCUUCCCCGUAAUGACUUCCAGAUCAUGAUAAAGAUGCACAAACUGACCUCAGAGCAGCUGGAGUUCAUUCACGACAUCCGGCGGCGCAGUAAGAACCGCAUCGCCGCCCAGCGCUGCCGCAAGAGGAAGCUGGACUGCAUCCAGAACCUGGAGGUGGAGAUACGCAAAUUGGUGCAUGAGAAGGAGAAGCUACUGAGUGAGAGGAACCAGCUGAAGGUGUGUAUGGGUGAGCUGUGGCAGAACCUCUCCUACCUGUCCCAGGCUGUGUCCCAGGAGGUGUGCAGGGAGGUGCAGGGGAACCCCGAGAAGACCAAAGCCCUGCUCCCUACACACAGGCCCAGCGAUCCCACCGCGCCCACCAACAGCAUCUCCAUCAUGGCCAGCAUCGACCUCACCUCCAACCCAGGCUCCCCAACCUCAGAGGGCAGCCUGACCAAGUCACCCUGCUCCUAUGAAAGCCCUGUGGAGAGAGAUGUUGGCUCUGGGCAGAGGCUUAGGAGGGGGCAGGGCGGUGUGGAGACAGAGGUGUCUGUCCUGGGGCAGGAUAACCCUGAGUCUUCCCUAGAGCCUGGAGCAUCUCCGGGUGUGUGUAGCCCCACUGUUUCGGUGGAUUUCUGUCAAGAGAUGACUGAGAAAUGCACGACAGAAGAACAGCCCGGACAGGUCUGUACCUAG